CUGAUGAGCAGCGCGGGAGACGUUCAGGGGGGCUCCCGCUGAACAAGAGAAACAGGCAGGCAGAGUCCCGAGGUCUUCUGCAGAGUAUGCGCGCGGGCAGCGGCAGCAGCAGACUCCCACAAUGAGAGGGGAAAUGCUGUUCCUCGCGGCACUCCAUGCUACAGUCUUUGCUUCAGUACAAGUCAUGGCUCAAAAAAGGGAGCGAGUGAUCUGCACCAAUGUGUACCUGGCUGACAUUGUAUUCCUGGUGGAUGGAUCCUCUAGCAUUGGCAGGGGAAAUUUCCGCAUGAUCCGAUCCUUCAUGGAAGGACUAGUUGUUCCUUUUAUCAAUGUGGUGGGUCCUAACAGGGUACGUUAUGCAGCUGUACAGUACAGUGAUGAUCCCAGGAUUGAGUUCAAAUUCUCUGACUUUCUCAAUGGAACAGAAGUGAUGAGGGCUCUCCAAGAGAUGGCCUUCAAGGGUGGGAAUACUCGCACAGGAGCAGGCCUUCGUUAUGUAGCUGAUAACUUAUUUGGGGCCAGUCAGCUCCGGCCUAACGUCCCAAAGAUCUGUAUCCUCAUUACUGAUGGAAAGUCUCAGGAUGAGGUUGAGCAGACAGCCCUAAAGCUGAAGAAUCAAGGCAUUAAAGUCUUUGCUGUGGGUAUCAAAAACGCAGACCGGAAGGAGCUUGACCGAGUGGCUUCCACGCCCACAGAAGAUUAUUCCUUCUAUGUUACUGAUUUUAAAAUCCUGGCAUCCCUGCUGCCACUGGUGUCCCGGAAGGUGUGCGCCAGCACAGGAGGCGUCCUCCAGACAGUAGGUACACAGGUCUACAGUGGUCCCUCCAACCUGGUCUUCAUGGAACAAGGAACAGACAUGCUAAGGAUCCGUUGGACAGCAGCUGGUGGUCCUGUAACUGGAUAUAAAGUUCAGUAUGUGCCUUUGACUGGCCUGGGGCAACAAAUCAUGUCAGAGAGGCAGGAGGUCAGUUUGGGAUCUGGUGAGACAAGCACUGUACUUCGUGGCUUGAAAAGUGGGACAGAUUACUUGGUCAUCGUUAUAGCUCAGUACGCCAACCGCGUUGGAGAAUCGGUUUCUGGCAAAGGACGGACUCAGAUCCUGUCUGGAGUGACAAAUUUUCGGGUGUCAGAAACAGGACCAUUCUUCCUCAGACUGUCCUGGGCAGCUGAUCUGAAUGAAGCCCUACAAGGCUACAGGCUCACUUAUGUGGCCAGGGGUGAAGCGCAAGCUGAAGAAGUGAACCUUGGUGCUAGUGCUACUUCAUUCUUGCUCAGCAACCUUCGACCUAACACUGACUAUGUGAUCACAUUGUAUCCAAUCUUCCCACAUCAUACAAUAGUGCCUGCUGUAGUUCAUAGCCGAACGUUGAACUUGGCAGGGGUACAACAGCUGAGUGCCCAGAACAUCUCCUCCCACGGGAUGCUGGUGAUCUGGAGGGGUGUGAGUGGAGUUACUGCAUACCGUGUUACCUGGGGACUCCUCUCAGGUCAGGAUAGCCAAAAAGCUGAUGUGGAUGCUAGCAAAAAUUCUUAUAUGUUGACUGGACUGCAGCCUAACAUUGAUUACCUAGUAUCUGUUGCUCCAAUCUAUGGACAAAUAGAAGGUCCCAAGGCCUCCAUUAGGAGGAGAACAGAAAUAGCCCAGAUUCUUAGGACUAUUGCUGUUGACCCAACAUCAAUUAAGGUGGCCUGGAACAUCAUCCCUAAUGCUCGGGGCUAUCGUCUGGAGUGGAGAAAAGCCACAGGGGUGGAUUCUCCCAGGACUGUCUCUCUUCCCACCAAUGAGAACAGCUACACUCUGACUGGCCUACAGCCAGGCACUGAAUAUCACAUCACCCUCUACACUCUGUAUGAUGGAAAAGAAGUAGCAACCCCAGUUACCAUCUCAGAGACAGGGGUGGCACCUUCAGUGGGAAGCAUCUCCAACUUGAGGAUCGUUGAGACCAUAGGAAGCAGAGUCCGACUAUCCUGGCUGGGAGUCCAAGGAGCCACAGGAUAUAAGAUUGUAGUACGCAAUGUGCAGGAUGGCACUGAGAGGGUUCGACAUAUCCCAGGCUCCCAGACCACAGAGGACUUAGUUGAUUUGAAAGAGAAUGUUUCCUAUGUGGUUCGUGUGUCAGCUCUUAUCGGCAAUCGUGAGGGUAAUGCUGUUCCUCUCAACGUCCGGAUCCGACCACCAUUAGUAGGCAGUGUAUCAAACCUGCGCAUGGUGCCGGUAGGACUGGGUCGCGUCCGGCUGUUGUGGACUCCCAUCCCCAGGGCUACAGCUUAUAAAUUGGUGAUUAUCAACACUCAGGAUGGAUCAGAGGAGACAAAAAGAAUUCCUGGCGACCGGAGUUUCUUUGAAUUGCAGGAUCUGAAGGAGGGUGUCACAUACUUAGUACAAAUAACGACGCAGUUGGGCACCCAAGAAAGCGCUCCUGCCACCCUUAGUCUCCAAGUUGAAUCUCCACCUGUAGGCAGCAUCAGCAAGCUAGAGGCAGCUCCAGCUGGGCCCAAUCAAUUGCGUGUUACCUGGAAUCGGGUUCCUGGGGCUACAGGCUAUAAGGUGACAUGGCGAUUGAGAGAGGGUCAAGAGGUCUCUCGAGUCGUACCGGCUGAUAUAAAUUCCUACACCAUUGAGGGUCUGAGGCCUGGGACUGUCUAUGUCAUUGAAGUUUCAGCCUUAGUUGGCAGCAGAGAAGGGAACUCAGCUACCACCACAGUUACAACAGCCUCUGAUCAAGUGGGAACAGUCACCAGCCUCAGAGUCCUUGAAUCCAGGGGCAACGUGGUACGCAUCUCAUGGGUUGGUGUGCCAGGGGCUACAGCAUAUCGAGUGAUAUGGAGCCAGCGCAGUGGUGGACCUGAAAGCAGCAAACUGGUCUUGGGAAAUGUUAAUUCCUUUGACUUAGAAAACCUGGAAGGAGGAGUCAGCUACAUUGUAAAAGUCACAGCACUGAUUGGGAAUCGUGAAGGAAACCCUGUAUCUAUUACUGUCACAACACCGGCAAUCCCAAUUCAACCCGUUGGAAAUCUGCGUGUGACUGACUCCUCAGAAACCCGUAUCCGACUAGAAUGGAGCCCAGCACCAGGGAGCACGGGCUAUCGGCUCACCUGGCGCCCAGCAGGUGGGCCAGAGAGGAGCCAGCUGUUGCCAGCCCAUAUUAACACCUAUGACAUUGAAGAUCUGCAGCCAGGAGGGCGCUAUGACAUCCGCAUCACAAGCCUGACUGGCAACCGGGAAAGCGAAGCUGUGGCCAUUGUCGCCGCCACUGCAGCUGCAGGCCGGGUGACCAAUUUCCAGGUGGCAGGUACUCAGAAGGAUUCUGUAACUUUGACCUGGACUCCAGUCCCUGGGGCUACUGGCUAUCAUCUUACAUGGAAAUCUCCAAGAGAGGAAGGAGAGGCACAAAGAUCGUUGCCUGGAUCAGAAACAUCCUACCCAGUGUCUGGGUUGCAUCUGGGUGAGCGAUACACCUUUACUAUUCGCCCGCUGUUUGGGAGCAUCUCUGGGGCUGAGGUUUCUGUUACUGACCAGACAGUCUGUCCAGAUGCCCAGCGUGAUAUCAUUUUUCUUGUACAUACAACUCGAGACAAAGCCUACAAUGCAGAGGCUGUGCGAAGCUUCCUCUCCAACACUAUCUCCGCCCUGGGUCGCCUGGGCCCUGAAACCACCCAGGUGGGCAUUGUGAUUUACAGCUACCGAAGCCUCCCUUUGCUCCCGCUUAAUCGUUCCAGUGAUUUAGCAACUGUCCUGCAGCAUAUCCGCUCACUGCGCUAUGAGGAGCCUAGCAGCAAUGCCAUUGGAGCAGCCAUUAAUUUUGUGAAGACCUACAUGCUGAGCCCCGUUGCAGGGCGAAGACCCAGUGUACCAGGAACCUUGGUGAUAUUGGCAGAUGGGUCAUCCAGUGAUGAUGCCAUCGGCCCUGCCAGGGAAGUCAAAGCUGCCGGGAUCCAGGUGCUAGCAGUGGGGAUGGAAGGGGCUGAUCGUGAGCAGCUGCGUCGCCUGGUGACCAAUGAAGAAUCACGUAAUGUUUUCUUUGUGCGAGACUCAAACAGUCUGUCGGAGAUGGAAGCGGGGCUUGCCAGUGCCCUCUGCAUCAUCGACAGGCCUAGACCAGAGCCUUGUGCUGUGCAGUGCCCUAAGGGUGAGAAGGGUGAGCCAGGUGAGCCUGGACAGAAAGGACAAAUGGGACUUCCUGGCCGUUCUGGAGAUCCGGGACGCAAUGGGAUCCCAGGUCCUCCAGGUCCAGUGGGACCUCGGGGUCCCCCAGGUGACACCACUGAAAGGCGGGGUGAAAAGGGAGAGAGGGGAUUUCCAGGAGCAGAUGGAGCACCAGGGAAUCCUGGCCGUCCUGGCAGCUCAGGUCCUCCUGGUCAGGCAGGCCUUCCUGGACUCAGAGGAAUCGAAGGGGAGCGUGGACUGAUUGGCCCAAUUGGGCCAAAAGGAGAGAAGGGUGAGCCGGGGGAGUCUGGAAUAACUGUGAAUGGAGGAGGUGGCCUUCCUGGCCGAAAGGGAGAGCCUGGCAACCCGGGAACCCCUGGAACUCCUGGAAUUCCAGGCCUCAGAGGUCCAUUAGGAGAUCCUGGGCUGGUGGGACCUCGUGGGCCACCAGGGCCUGCUGGCAUUUCUGUCAAGGGUGAGAAGGGCGACCGAGGUGAGAGAGGCCCUCCUGGAUCAGGUGAUGGGGUUGCGGUCAGAGGAGAACCUGGUACUCCAGGUGUGCCUGGAGAUCCUGGGCUCAGAGGAUCCCCUGGGCCUCCAGGACAAAAAGGCGAUAAGGGAGAUGGAGAAGAAGGUUUUCCUGGACCUCCUGGGCGUACUGGAGACCCUGGAGAUCGGGGCCCCAGAGGACCUCCAGGUGAACAAGGGAUCAAGGGAGACCGUGGGCAGCCUGGUACACUUGGACCAUCAGGAGAGAAGGGAGAACGUGGAUUGCCUGGCCCUGAAGGAGAGAAGGGAGAACAAGGUCCCGCAGGCCGUCCUGGUCCAUCUGGCAGAGAUGGCUUACAAGGAUCACCUGGGCCUCGAGGGGAACAAGGAGAGAGAGGAGAGCCUGGUAUACCUGGUCAGCCGGCUUCCAGCCUUUCAGGAAUUAAAGGAGACAAGGGAGAGAGGGGCGUUGCAGGACCUGAAGGUCCACCUGGACCUAGAGGAGAUGCUGGGAACAAAGGAGAACGUGGGUCUCCUGGUUUUAGUGUCCCUGGACCACCUGGCCCAAAAGGAGAACAAGGAGACAGGGGGAUCACUGGACUGACUGGCAAAACUGGCCCAAAGGGUGACCCAGGAGAGCCAGGGGAGAGGGGAGAGUCAGGAAGACCAGGUCCUGCUGGACCAUCUGGCCAACGAGGAAAAGAGGGUGAAAGAGGUGACAAAGGAGAGGAAGGGACCCCUGGUGAGCAAGGCCUAUCUGGGAAACCUGGAGAGAAAGGUCAGCGGGGCCUGCCAGGCAACCGAGGCCUUCCUGGUGAGAAGGGAGACCAGGGGGACCCAGGUGAAGAUGGGAGAAAUGGUAGCCCUGGAGCACCAGGGUCAAAGGGUGAUCGGGGGAGUCCUGGAGAGCCAGGGCCUCCAGGCCAAGUUGUUGGUGUGGAGGCUGGAGGAGGAGGGCAAAAAGGUGAAAAGGGGGAGCCAGGGGAUCCUGGAGAGGAUGGCAUGAAAGGAGCAAAAGGAGAAGCUGGUUUACCUGGCCUGCCAGGAGAACGGGGAAUUGAGGGUUCCAGAGGGCUCCCUGGAGUUCGCGGUGACCCUGGAGAUCGAGGCCCAGUGGGAGAGAAGGGUGAUCGAGGUCCUCCAGGCCUGGAUGGUCGGAAUGGCUUGGAUGGAAAACCUGGACAAAUAGGCCCUUCAGGCCAAAGAGGUGAUCCAGGAAAGCAGGGUGACCCUGGUCGAGAUGGCUUGCCAGGUCAGCGUGGAGAGCAAGGUCCUCCUGGAGCAAUUGGCCCACUGGGAUCUCCAGGACUGCCUGGCAAGCCUGGUGAAGAUGGCAAACCUGGGCUGAAUGGGAAGAAUGGAGAAGAUGGGAUUCCAGGAGUAGAUGGGAGAAAGGGAGAUAAAGGUGAAGCUGGAAUACCUGGCAAAGAAGGUCCUGAAGGUGUUAAAGGAGAGAGAGGAACCAAUGGGCCUCCAGGGCCCCCAGGACCACCUGGUGUUCCCGGUGUGCCUGGACAAAUUGGUCCACCAGGCCAGAGUGUGCCAGGCCUCCCUGGGGUAUCUGGUCAAAAGGGAGACAGAGGAGAACCUGGAUCCAAAGGAGAACAGGGGAGAAAUGGUGAACCUGGGCCACGAGGGGAACCUGGGAUAGCAUCAAAUAUUGAACGUGCCCUGGAAGCAUACGGUAUUAAGAUUUCCUUACUCCGAGAGAUCACCGGUGCCUAUGACGGCAGCUCGGAUCAGUUACUGCCUGUUCCUGACCGCCGAAGAGGACUGAAGGGUGACAGAGGAGAUCCAGGAGACAGGGGGCCACCAGGGAAGGAGGGUCCCAUGGGCUUCCCUGGGGAAAGAGGAGCAAAAGGAGAUAAAGGAAAUGAAGGACCACAAGGACCACCAGGACGUGCCAUCGGAGAGCAGGGGCCAGGAGGUCCACCUGGGCAGCCAGGGGAGCCUGGGAAACCUGGAAUUCCAGGGCUGCCAGGCCGGGCAGGAGAACUUGGAGAAGCAGGGAAGCCUGGAGAGAAAGGUGACAGGGGUGAGAAAGGUGCAAAAGGAGAACAGGGUAGAGAUGGCUCAACAGGUCCUCCAGGCCCACCAGGACCCAAGGUAGAUACAGCAAUCGAAGGGAGUCUCUCUGGAUUUCCUGGAGAACGUGGACCUAUAGGACCGAAGGGAAGCAAGGGAGACCCAGGAGAAAAUGGUGCAAAAGGCUCCAGAGGCGAUAAGGGUGAAGAUGGUCAGAAAGGGGAGAGAGGCGAAGCUGGUGGAAAGGGCAGGGAUGGCACUCCAGGACCUCCAGGAGAGAGAGGCCUUCCUGGCCCAGAAGGGAAAGCAGGCUUGCCAGGUUUCCCUGGAGUUCUGGGCAGACCGGGAAAUCAAGGAGAUCCUGGAUUACCAGGCCCUUCUGGUCCUGUCGGCCCACCUGGGACCCAAGGCAUACCUGGAAUAAAGGGAGAUGCAGGAGAACCUGGGUCCAGCAUCCGAGGUAUGCCAGGCCCUCAAGGGAGUGUGGGACUCCCAGGACCACCAGGAUCCCCUGGGCGUGUGGGUCCACAGGGCCCUCCAGGACUACCAGGACAGGUGGGCGAGGCAGGGAAACCAGGUGUAUCAGGAAGAGAUGGUGUGCCUGGAAAAGAAGGGGAGCCUGGAUUGCCUGGGAAAAUGGGCGUUCCAGGGCCUUCAGGACCUGCUGGUUCUAAAGGAGAGCCUGGAGAUGCUGGGCCCCCAGGACAGAGCAUAGUGGGACCUCCUGGAGUGAAAGGUGAGAAGGGUACACCAGGAGAUUUUGAUGAGGAAUUUCUGCAGAAGCCAGGACUCAAGGGUGAUCGAGGCAUACCAGGUCCUCGUGGAGAGAAGGGUGGUCCUGGAAGUCCGGGGAUACCUGGAGAUCCUGGAGAAGAUGGAGCCAAAGGAUCACCUGGGAUCAAAGGAGAAAAGGGUUCAGUUGGAAUUGGUCUCCAGGGACCUCCUGGACAGGUUGGACCUCAAGGCUUAAAGGGAGACCCUGGUUUACCUGGCCCACCAGGCCCACCUGGUUUGCUGGGUGUGGCCGGAACUCCUGGCCAGCCUGGUCUGAGAGGAGAAAAUGGAAUGGUUGGCCAACCUGGACCUCCAGGAGACAGGGGUUUGAUUGGCUUCCCUGGGAGAGAUGGUACUGCAGGAUCACCAGGACCUCCAGGACCUCCAGGGUCACCAGGUUCCUCAGGCACCCCAGGAAUAAAGGGUGACAAGGGGGACACAGGUAUUGGACAACCAGGACCUAGAGGAGAACGAGGAGAUCCAGGACCUCGGGGUGAAGAUGGGCGCCCAGGUCUGGAAGGAGAUCGCGGGGCUGCAGGCCCUCCUGGAAACAGAGGGGAGAGAGGUGACAAAGGUGAUGCUGGGCUCAUGGGGCUGAAAGGAGACAAAGGAGAUACGGUCAUUGUGGAAGGCCCACAAGGUCUUCGAGGGAAUAAAGGAGAACCAGGAGAACGUGGUCUAAAAGGCAUGGAAGGGCAGAAGGGUGACAAAGGAGAUCAUGGAAUCAUUGGAGAGAAGGGAGUAAAGGGUGAGCAAGGUGAGAAGGGAUCCACAGGCUUCCCUGGUGCACGAGGGCCCAGUGGGCAAAAGGGAGAAAUUGGUGAGUCAGGAGAACCAGGAGAGCCGGGCCAACCUGGGAAGGAUGGUAUUCCUGGAACCAGAGGGGAGAAAGGAGACAUGGGACCUAUUGGAAUACGAGGUCCAAAGGGUGAUCGAGGAAUGAAAGGAGCCUGUGGCCAAGAUGGAGAUAAGGGUGAGAAGGGAGAGCCAGGGUUACAGGGCCGAAUGGGGCUCCCUGGAAGGAAAGGUGAUAAUGGAGACGUUGGCCUGCCUGGAACACCAGGAAUCCCUGGGAAGGAAGGCCUCAUUGGUCCCAAGGGUGACAGAGGAUUUGAUGGCCAGAAAGGAUCCAGAGGCGAUCAGGGAGAAAAAGGGGACAGGGGUGCUCCAGGUGUUAUUGGUUCCCCAGGACCUGGGGGAAGUGAUGGACCCCCUGGGCCUCCUGGGCCACCUGGCAACAUUGGCCCCAAAGGCCCAGAAGGAAUUCAAGGGCAGAAGGGUGAAAGAGGCCCCCCGGGUGAAUCAGUUGUAGGAGCCCCAGGAGCACCAGGCAUGAUUGGAGAAAGGGGAGAACAGGGAAGUCCAGGGCUUAAUGGCCAAAGAGGAGAAAAAGGAGUACCUGGCAUGACGGAAGAAGAGGUCCGACAGUUUGUCAGGCAAGAGAUGAGUCAACAUUGUGCUUGUGGAGGCCAGUUCUCUCUUCCUGAACGCCGUAACCUCCCCAACUAUCCAUCCACCCAACCACUCCCAUCCGGUAACGCUCAAAUAAUCCCCGUGCUUAGGUUGUCCCAUGCUGAGGAAGAGGAAGGGGGCCAGGAACGAAACAUACUGAAAGCAGAUGGAUCUGAGUAUGAGUAUGUCUAUGCAGAGGAAGACUAUGAAGAGGGCCUGGUAGCAGAUGGGACUGAGAGCCCUAUGUUGAGGGAUGCUGACCUGUGCACCUUGCAUCUGGAAGAGGGCACCUGCAGCAAAUACACCCUAAGAUGGUACUAUAACCAGAAAGUAUUGGAAUGUCGGCCCUUUCUCUACAGUGGCUGCGGAGGGAAUUCCAACCGCUUCAGCUCCAAAGAGGACUGUGAACUCCACUGCAAGCCCCAGGCAGAUACAGGUAGUAGCACAGUGGAGAGAAACAAAGCUGUAUAAAUGCUGAAGUGAGUUUGGAGAACUGACAUACUGAAGAAAAGAAGAGUUGCAGCCUUUCAGGCUUUCUGCCCUUCUUAGCCUGCAUGAGGUCUUAGAUAUACACCUGGCAAGCAUUUGGUCUGAGAAUCAUCUUGCUGCCAUUUUUACUGCUUGCAACACAGUUGCUUGUGGGUGCAUAUGUUCAUUUGAGUGUGUGUGUGCGCGUACAUCAUUCGUGUGUGGGCUGCUUCAGCUGGAGCAGAGAAAUGGUGCUAUUCUUUUUUUUACAGUAGUUUUGUUGCUCUUGAUUUAUUUUUUUAAAUUAAGGUGAUUUUUUAAUCAAAUGGGAAAUAUAUGCAUACCGUCUUUUAUGUAUAAUGUAAAGAAAAGACAUAUUUUUUAAUUAGAGUUCUUUAACUUAUUUGAUACUGGCUGACUAAUGACACGUGGAAUGUAUUAUGGCCAGACCAAACCGAUUCUGCCUGCAAGUUGUUUUAAUUCAGGGUUAUAGAUCUAUAUAUUAUUCCUCUGAGAGUAGACUAAUAAGAAGCCAACUAGACAGUAUCACCCAGGCUAAUCCUGAGAGGCUAAAAUGCCCUUCCAUUCAUAAAAAUACAAGAAUCUUCUGAUUCACAGGCAACACUAGAGUUCUUUCCAUGAGUUUAUUUCAUUAUGAGCAGAGAUUAUUUCAGGAACCCCUCCCCGCUUCCCUGUUUUUUCAUAGCUUAUGACUUUUUAUUGUUAACAAAUAACACUUGGGGAAUACAGGCUUUUCCUAAGCCUGAGAUAGGUCAAGAAUAAAGUGGUCACAGAAUGGAAAAUCUUCUCCCAAAGCAUUUCUGUUUUCCUGCCAUCAGUUUUCCAGUGCCCCUAGAGUACUAGUACUCCUUAAUUUUUCAACUUUUGAACAAAAUAAUGCCAGCGCAUUGGAUUCAUUUCUGAGUUGCUCUGUGUCCAGGCUCCAUGGAUUAAAACAUAGUGGUGGCAAGGCUGGCAAAAUUCAAAGUUGCAAAGUUUCAUAUAUUUUGUAAUAUGAAAAAUAAGAAGUGAAAAGUAGAUUUGAGUGUUGAGAAAAAUUCAUUGUCUAUUACCAAGAGCAGAAGAAGUUCAGCUGUGACUAAGAGUCAUUUCAAUUCUGUGAAUAUGCCUAAUAUUUUACUAAAUUCGUUGAAGCUAGUGCAAAUCACCACAUCCACUGACAGAGAAUGCCAUAUGCCAUGGAGAAUAUUAUUUUUCAUGUUUUUUGAGGUACUUGAAGCUCUGGGACAACUAGAGCUGUUCUAGAUAUGGCUGCACUAUAGAAUUAUUAAAAAGCAUGAUUGUUUUCCUUUUUUUUUCUUAGAACUAAACUUAUUUUAAAUUGCCACUGCAUACUGAAUCAAGAUUUUCAGUGAACCUUUUCUUUAGCAUUCACAGUCAUUGCAAAUCCAAACAGAGGUUUAGCCCUAACAUUCACUGCUUUAUAUUUACUUAUGCUGGAUCUCAUUCUUUAUUUUGUUCCUGAUUCACUUAGUUUAAAAAAAAAAAAAUCUACCAUUUUUCAUAGUCAACUUGAAAUUUUACCAUCCAAACACCACAUUUUAAAAAAGAUUCAGACUAGUUGGAACAGCUGCAUUGAAGGGCACUGUGGAUGACAGGGAGUUGAAACUAAAAUGUUGACAAGUAGAGGCUGGAGAAAUUAGAUAUAUUUAACAAUAGACGAUGUUAAAUGUGCCCAAUUAGAACAUAUAAUGCUAUUUUUGAAGUACCUUAUGGAGAUGAAGAUCUCUUCUCCAACAUCCCAGAGUAUAGGACAGUAUAGGAUAGAAACAAGGUAGUUCUAUACUCCCUCUCUCUCUAUAUAUGCAUACAUACAUACACACACACAUACACAGACAUACAUAUACACAUACAUACAU